CCGUCCCCGGCUGCCCGCUCGUUCUUAGAAACCCUAGGCGAUUCUAAAAAAAACACCUAGACGGCGGCGGCGGCGGCGAUUAUACGAGACGCAAAGCCUGGCUGGCACUCUUAUACCCCACAUAAGAGAGAUCGAUGGCCGGUGUUGUUGAGGGAGGCGAGGAGAGGGCGCCUGGUGAGAUGGCGACGGAAGAGACGACGCAGCCAGAGAUCCUGAAGAUGAAGAUCGCGUCCCUGCUGAACUUGCUCAGCGAGAAGCAGUCCGAUGUUCUUUCGUGCGGCCCUGAGAUCGUGAGCAUGAUCACUUCGCUGAACAGCGAACUGGCAUCGCAGAAGUUGGCGAGGGACAGCAAACCCUUGGUUCCCCCGGAGGUCUCAUCGCCGAAGAGGCCCAAAAUGGCUGAUCAGGGAAACAUUGGUCAGUCCAAUACCGAUACGCAGAGUGUCAGCUCCCAGGUCAGUUCAGUCGCCGAGCGGGGCGACCAGAAGGAGAUCGAGUCAGGAAAAAUCAAACCAGCCUCCAGAUUCAAAUCCAAUUCCCAGCAGGUAUGUGUGCCCUCCGGUGGUGAGGAUGAGGAGGAGCGCCUUAACUGCCAAUUCACUCAUAUCAUGCAGCAGACUGAUGCUUUGUGUGACGAGUUGGCGUCUAUGGCAUCUACCCCGAACAAAACCAGUGCCCCCAUUAUCUCCUCUCACAUGGUCUCAGAUUUGGGCGAGAAAACGUCCAGAUUAAUGCAGAUCUGCAAGGUUAUAUUCUGUGAGUCUGUCAAAGGUGAUGAACAGGUUCCUUACCACUCUCUAGAUAACCAGAGGACCAAGGAGGACUCUGUGGAGAUGAGUGGUCUGACUAUGGACAAUGGCAAAUCCAGCACCCAAUGUGCUGAUAAACAGACAAAUAAAAAGGGGAUGGGUGGAACCAUGGAGCUGCUUGAAGAUUUCAACAUGUUUGAAUCGGACGAUGAGGAUGAGGAUGAGGAAAUGACCCAGGAGCAAUUAGCAAUGUCUGCCAAGUUUCGCGAGGAGGCUCAGGUGAUGGAAGCCCGCUUGGUCGAGGCCCUCGAGCAGGAUGAUAACAACACACCGAGCUGCUACAGAAUGACUCACCUUUCACUCUCAUAUCAGCCUGAAGAAAAGGAGGAACAGGAUGAGGUGGCUGAGGCAGAGGUUGAGACAGAUAUCACAAAAUCAGCCAAGGAGGAAAUGGAGAUGGAGGACAGGUUGUUCGCUAAUGCCCGUGAAGGCUGGGAAUAUGCAUGUGGAUGGUGUGGUAACUAUGAAGACAUGACCACAUUGAGUCCUAUGCACUUCACACAUUGUACACCUGGAAUCAUCCCAGGCAAUGCUAUCACUGGGAGCACCUUGCAGAUCUACUCCAUCAGAAUUGGCUUAAGAGAUGAACACUUGAAAUGGCCACUCUAUGUUUAUGGCAUUGUCGCUGCCCGAGACGCUGUGGAUUACAACCGCAACCUUCUUUACUUUCGGCCAAGGGAAGACUGCCAAAAACUAACACUAGAGCAUCCUUUUUUGUGCUUGACUGGCCCGUCUCGUGCGAUUGUGGCUCUUGACGAAGUUGACUUAGAAGUCCAACUGAAAGUAAAGGGCACAACAAGGUCUCUGGACAGAGCAUUGAUCAGCCGUCGCCUCACUUACUCUGGUGGUUAUCAGGGAGGUUUAGAUUCCUUUGUCUUUACCAACUGCCUUUGCACAGUUGAGUUCAGCCUCGAGCGACUUACGGAAACUGUCCAGGCUACUAUUUUGGGUGUCCGUGUUGUUGAAGGGGGGCCAUGGCCCUUUGAUUAUGGAGGCAGGGUUAUUUGCUCCUCGACACCUCAGGAUGAUAAGGUCAUGGCUACUAACAGUGCUACAGAUCCCCUGUCCAGGCAAGUUGUGUUGGUUGAUUCUGAUGGUGGAGAAAUGCCAAGGGGCUCAGAUGGUUAUCUUGAUCUGUCAAGGCAUGUUGUUUCUGUAGAACUGGAAGAAAUCCUGAAAUUUGUCAUUCAAGUCUACACAGAGUCUGGUGAUAUCCAGCAAUAUCCUGUCAAUUUCAGUCCCAAACAUUGCAACAUAGAAAAAGGUAAAUGUCUAAUUGGUGCAUCUGAGGUUGAAAUUACUAUUGCUUGGUCCCGACUUGUUCAGAACAAGAUGGAUAUCCUCUUUGAAGGACAUGUUUGAUUGUUCUUGUCAUGGAUGUUAUGUACUAUGAUAUCCUUUGCCCAACUAUAUUCGUGUGCCUCUGGCAUGUGGUUUGUGUAACUCUGGAUGCAUUUGUGCACUAUGUGUAUCGACUUCUGACUAUUUGUAUCGUAUGUGUAUCAACAUCUGACUAUUUGCAUUA